AUGGAAGCCAGAGACAGCAAAGACCGCACUCCGCUGCAUCUUGCCAUUCAGCCACCCGAGCUUCAAGAGCCAGAUACAGAACUUAUCCGACAGCUGAUUGAGUGUGGCGCCGACGUAAACGCAACCACCGUGUGUCACGACAUGGGCAACAACGGAUCAACGCCGCUACAUCUAGCAGCCCGAGUAAAUGGGCUGACGGAGAUGAUACAAGACCUGCUCUGGGUUGGAGCUCGAAUUGAUCAGGCGGACGAAGAUGGCUACACCCCAUUACACAUGGCAGCAGCGGGGAAUCACGUCGCAAAUAUAGAAAUGCUCAUCGAGAGCGGAGCAAAUGUCAACGCUAUGUGUAACGAUGGAAAGACACCCGAGAUGCUGGCAGACGGCAAUCGUCUGGGUUGCUGGACCGUGAAUAUACAUCCCGAAGCUGUUUUCCAAGGAGUGACAAUAGGAUCACCCUGA